AUGUCUGACGGUUAUACAGCUACACAUGGGUUGAUGCAGCUUUUAAGGUAUCAAAAUAACUACCCUUCACCGAGUACUGGGUCUCAGGUUAAUGCAGACCAGGCUCAUGCGCUUUUGGGUGGCAUUCCACCAGUUAUGUUACAGUACUCCACAAAUAUGCAAAUAAAUCUAUUUGGAGAUUAUCCCACUCAUAAGGAUUAUGCCCCAUCAGCUAUAUUUGCUGCUGUUUUCGGUAUCAUAAUGAUUUUGCACUUAGUGAUCUUUUUGGUAAACUAUUCAAGAGGACACUAUUUCUGGCUCUCUCUAGGAUGGUCAUUUUACGGCCUAUGUAGGUUUGUGGGAUUUGUCAUGCGCCCAAUAUGGGCAAAGGAUUUGAGUAGAACUAGGAUUGGUAUUUCUGAUGAAGUUUUCUUAAUUCUACCAUCGAUAUUUUUGGUGUCUUUUAACUUAAUACUUGCACAACGUUUGUUCACAUGGAGACAUCCAGUAGGAGGGUCAAGAAGGCUAUUUUGGGCAAUCAUGAUUGGGCUAUAUAUUUUCGUAUGUGGAGUUGUGGCAAUGACAAUUGUUGCCAGUGCGGUUCCCUAUCUUUAUUUCUUAUCAGGAGAAGUAUUCAGUCGAUAUCAAAAGACGGUAAAGUGUUCUGCAAUCUUGAUUAUAUUGUAUUCCUUGACAUCUAUUGCUUUAAUUGCACUUUCAUACUUCUUUAAGCCAACUACGAAAGAUGAAAACUUAUAUACUUAUCAACCAUGGUGGAUAGAAUCCUUUUCUCCGUUUUAUUUUGUCAAAAAGAAUGCAGCACAAGAAGCGGAAGAGACUUUUAUGAAGAGAAAUCAUAAUCAUAGACAUGCCAUUAGAGUGAUUGCAGCAACACAUCAUCAUAAUAACAUGGUAGAGGGAUUGACGAAUGAAAGAGGAGACUUAAAACAUAAUAUCUCACUAUGCAUUAUCUCAAUUUCAACCUUAUUUAUUUUCUUGGGAGCUGUCUUGAGAGCUGUUGUUGUGUUUCAGGGAAAUGUCAAAAUGAAUGCCAGCCCCGUGGGUUCUCCCGUAAUGAUGUAUAUCUUCUGGGGACUCUUAGAGACGAUUAUUAAUGUUAUGUACUUAGUUGGAAGAGUCGAUUUGAGAUUCUACAGGCCAGAUAGAUUGCCACAAAAAGUCAGAGCUAUCAUAACAGCCGAACAGUCCUUGGAGCCUUCGAUAAUGGAGUACACGGAUCUGUUCGUAAGCUACCCCGAUACUCAACAAUCCUACUCGCCACAAACCUCGGAGGAUGGAUUCAGUUUUCACAAUCCACCUAGAGAGUCAUAUUUCAGUAAAGAGGAUCCUUUCAGUGAUGAUAAAUCCGAAUUUAGGUUUUAA